UUGUUGACGUGAGGUGACACCAUGCCAGUCCAGGCCUUCUCAUUCCCUAUACCUGAAACCAGGUUCUUUCAGGUCGGCCAACAUGUCUACAAGUUCAAGAUAAAACCUGGAAGUAAAAUUAGUAGUGAAGAGGAGAUGUUGGACAGUGAGUUUGUCAGUGAGGAGCUUGAGAAUGCUGUACGAGUUGUUCUCCUGAGCCUGGACAAUCUUCACCCGUUUGCCACACAGCAUUUUAACGUCUUUCCCUAUAGGAGUAAGUGGGAGUGUGUGUCAGAGCUGAGAUUUAGAAAAGGAGACACAAAAUUAUUUGCUUACCCCUUCCUCAUCACAUUAUACGUGGAGACAAAUGAUCCAGUCCCUCCACUCAGAGCGAACCAUGCGAGCACACAGGUCCCUUCCAUUAAGUUAAAGAUAAGUCAAACUGUACAGGACAGGGAAUCAAGAUUGGACAGUCCACAGCUUUAUACCUCCUGUGGCGUUCCUGUAGGUAAUGAACCAAAGCGCAGGAGAACAGAAGAACCACAAGAGGGACCUUUGAUUUCUGAAGAGCUGCCCGAGGUCGCAGAAGAAAUAGUUUGUGGCAAUGAGAUACACACUGAUUCAGAGGAGAUUUCUCCUGCCCCAAGUGCCCCAAGCCCAGAGUUUGAUGUUGUUGAGCAGGAUGCCCUGGACUCUAAAUGCACAGAGAGAGAAAAUCCGGGAGCCCUUGCUAGACUGGUCAGCAUUGCAGCAUUUCCCUUCUCCCUGCUGUUCAGGCGGAGCUGAUAACACAGCAACUGUGAUGUAAAAACUAUCAAGUUUGCAAUCAUUUCCAUUUUAGUUCCUGCCACUACUGUUUAAAAGUGAGUUGAUUGUUCUUUAAAAAAAAAAAAAAGCCAUCGCUAUGAAUUAAUAAUCUAAUAGAUACUGUGUAAAUGGCAUUUCGUGCUCUUUCUAGUGGGAAAAUGGUGAUUUGAUUAGUUCACUUAAGCUUUACACACUCGUUUCCUAUAUCUGCUCAUCCUCCCUAUUGCACAAUUUUUUAACACCAAUGUCAACAGAUUGUUUCGCUCUUAGAGAAAAAUAGUUUGUGAAG